GGAAGGUCCCGGUGAUCCCGAGGUCCUCUCCUGAGUGUGUGGCGGCGGCGAUGUCGGCUGUGACCGGCUCUACCCCGGGAGGUGUGAAGAGGAGCCUGGCGGAGCUGCUCGCGGGCAGAGCCAGCAAGGCAGCCAGGAGAUCUGAAUACAGCAGGAGGCGGGGCCAGGAGGCGGCGGUGUAUUUGCUGAGCUGUCACCAGGAUGUGAAUGGAUUUCUGCUGGAGGCGGAAGAUCCUCCCGGAAAGGAAAAUUCAGAUUCAAAACCUUCUCCGAAAUCUUCCCGACUUCCACCAUCCUUUAUCGGUUCCACCAUAAGAGACCAGGCCUCACAUCUGGGCGUUCCUGAUGAUGUCCUCGGUGCGAGAUCCGCUGUCUCCAAUAUCCAACAGCUCUGCCACGCCCCCGGGAACAACAUGGAGGAGGCGUGGCUCAGCCAAGACCAGCGGGACAGAUUGACGGCUUUUCUGAAGACGCUGAAAGUGCUGAUGAAGGAAAAUUGUUUCCGACGUUCGGUUUUCCUGAAGGAGAUUUGGGAACAGCCGCGCCCUCCGGUGUUAGAAGUCGUGUGGCACUUGCACAGUAUGGAUAUAGUGGGAAUAGAGGACAUACUGGAAAGUUGUACAGACACGGGCCGCGCUGGUGAUUGGUUCUGUACGGGAAUGCGGGCGCUGUGUCUGCACAUGGAAAAUUCAUCUUCCGAUGCCGAGUUUCUGGAACAGAUAAUAUCUGAUCUGGUGGCCGUGUUGAUUGGCAAAGCUUUUUGUCAGCCGGCUUCUUCUGUGAAGAAUUCAGAACAGUCCAAAGUCUCCAAGAUCUCGCUCUCCAUCCUGGAUGUGAUGCUUUCAUGGCUCCUUGAUGGCGUUGUGGAAGCAGGGAGUGGUCAGUCAUACAAGCCCGGUGUCGAACGACAUUGGUUACUUGCCUAUGAGGUGUCCAGGUACAGAGCCCGGGUGAUUCCGGACUCUCUAGAGGAAUUCUUCCUCCACACCCUCAGUCACACGCUUACCUAUAAACCGAAGCUGAAAGUUUCUGACGCCAUUCGAUUUCAGGGGAACUGGAGCUUUGUAAAGACGUGCCCGCUGCUGAUGGAAUUGUUCCGCAAGGUGUUUGUGCUGCUGAGUGCUGAGAAGCUGACCUCCCAUGUACAGAACAUAUUGGACACACAGGAGGUGAAUUGGUAUCAUAUUCUCUCGUUUUUUUCCUGCCUCGUCGUCUGUCAGUCUGAAGCUCAGCAUCUGGUAAGAGAUCUCUUGAGCCGUCUUCUGUCUCAGGCCUUUGAGACCUACGAGUUGGAAUAUCUCAUCACCGCCUUCCUCAUCGCUCGCCAGGCCGCUCUAGAGGGUCCCGCCGCGUUUACCUCCUACACAGACUGGUUCAAGGGAACAUUCGGCUCCUCCAGCUCCCAUCAGAGCAGCAGCAAGAAGUCUUUAGUCUUCCUGUUGAAGUUUCUUUCUGAUUUGGUUCCAUUUGAAGCUCCACAAUACUUAAAGGUCCAUAUCCUGCAUUCGCCAUUUGUACCCACGAAAUUCCGCUCUUUGUUGAUGGAAUAUAUCACACUGGCUAAGACCCGGCUUGCGGACAUGAAGGUGUCUAUUGAAGACAUGGGAUUGUAUGAGGACCUGUCAGUCGGAUCGGAUAAAGAUCAGACACAGUCUCAGGCUCAGCAGGAUGUAGAGAAAGCUGUAAAGAUAUUUCAGAAUACCGGCAAGAUUCCAGCUAGUGUAAUGGAAGCCAGCAUUUUCCGGAGGCCGUACUUUACAUUGCGCUUCCUGCCUGCGCUGCUCACGCCCAGAGUGCUGCCUAAGAAUCCAGAUUCACUCCUGUUACUGAUCGACUCAUUAAAACGAGCCGAUAAGAUUCCUGCAAACAUGCUGAGCUCCUAUUUCAAUGCCUGUGAACUAGAGAAGCAUCGGAAGCUGGAAGGCAAUGAGAAGAUGGAUGUGUCCAUGAAUGAGGAGCCCGUGGCGAGGUUACAGGCGGCACUAUGGGAGCUGAGACCAUACGUCAUGGAUGGCAAGCGAUAUGAUGAGAUCUCAUCACAAGUGGCGGUGAUUUCGGAUAGGCUGACAGCAGUGAUGGGAUCUGGUGAUCCAAACCCCGUUCCUGGGACCUCGGAGGCACUUUUUUCUCGUAAUAUUGAAGAACUGGAACCCCAGGAACUGACCGUAUCGGACUUACUCCUCACAUCCUUUUGUCAGUGUGUCAUGGCGGCCUCCAGUACCAACCCACCUGACCGCCAAGGACCGUGGCCCUCCCUGUAUGUGAAGAUGCUGUUUGGCCAUCGCAGGGCCCUCUUUGCUUUGCUGAGCAGAAUCUUGCAGCUCUUGUGUCAUCAGAGUCCGCUCCUGAAAGAUUCGCAUGUAGUGGGCCUUGCUGCUUUCUCAGUCCAUUUACAUGAGUGCCGGAUGUCGCUGGUGCCCCCGGGUUCUGAUGCCUCCUCAUUGGACAAGUUCUGGGAAGUUCUGCUAAACCCGCAAUGUUCAGGAUCUCUUCCUGUAGUCCUCAGGUUCUGUACAGCGGCCGUUUCCUAUGCCUGCUGCAGGCUGUCGCUUCUUUCUCUGGAGACGCCCUCCGAUUCCAUCCCUCCGCUGUUCAUGCGCAAGGUGCAGCACCUUUUGCCCAGACUGGUCCUGGAAACAAGAAGGGAAGGUAUAAUGGAGGAGGAGACUGACACCCCGGUUGUGUUCGGCGCCCUCUCCCUUCCUUCUGCAGAGUGGAAAGAAGCGGCGCGGUCUCUGUGGCGUCAGACUCGUGUCCAGGAACUUUUUAGAAAGGAUUUAUUUCAGCUCUCAUUCAGGGAUUGGCUGCUGUGGGAGAUGUCUAUGACCCCGGAUGUAGAUCCUCUGUCUGACCUGGAGAGACAGGACUACCAGCGAUGGGCGGUGAGCCAAUGUUUUCUCCCAGAAUCCUCGGCUCUUGAUGGAUGUGGAAACCAUUUGGAAAAGGCCUGUUCAGCAAUAGUUGAUGCCGUCUUAGAUUUUAGUACUGGGUCUGAGCUUGUCCCUGGCAGUGCCCCGUCUGAAGGCCGCACGGGACUCGGGGACAUCCUCAGUCGCUUACAGGAGUUGGUGUGCGAUUUGUUACUGAGUCGCUCCGGGAAGAACAUCCAAGUGAAUUUCCUCCUUGACGUGUUCCAUGGAAGGUUGUCAAAGAUCUCCGACAAGAUGGAGACCGGAGCCCAACUCCGGAGACAAAGCCAACUCUCCAUGUGCUGCAGGAUCAUCCUGGGACUGCCCUCCUCCCUCCUCAUCAGACCGCACACCGACGACAGAGGCUUCACCUCCCUGAAAUCUGACGACUUCUUUCAAUUUGUCAGCAAGCAUUUGAAAAACAUGAGUCAGCGAGGAUCUGCUCUGCCGUACGACCUCACCGCUCACUUCUUCAGGGGGUUGUUGAGCUCCGGCGCUCAGUGUGAGGAUCCUGAAGAAGCUGUGAAUUCGGUUCUCGCUGCCGCUUAUACACAGUGCCCCAUUGUGAUGACGUCAGCUGCGAUGUGGUGGCCUCAGCUGGAUGCCGCCGUCGGGUGUCAGUGGAAAUGUCUGUAUGAAGCCGAUUUGCCCCAAGAGAUUGAACGACUGAGGGAGAUGCAAGGCGCUGUGGACAGGUUCCUCUCCCAGGGAUCGGCUUUUCCCCUCACCGGCGCCGUCUGGCUCUCUGCCGCCUUCCUGCAUUUCUCCAUCCGAAGGAACAAAGUGCAGCAGAAGAGACUCCCGGCUUUACUUGGCAGUUUGAGCGCAAAGUCUUUGCAGCUGUUGGAUUGCUUCCUCUUUUUCUCCAUCGUGGAUCUCAUCCCUCUGACAUUGAAGGAAGGAGCUGAACACACGAUGGCGCUAGAGUACUGUAUACAAAUCAUCCAGUGCCUGGAGGAGAGGGGAGGGGACUGGCUGACAACCUUCCAGCUCAAGUCAGAAAAACAUAAGUGUUCCCUCCAUCAGUCCGUCUCUGAAGAGUUCCUGAAGUUGCUCCCCUUGGCGUUCUUCAGUUUGGCGACGUCUCUUCCGGGGGGAAUUGCGCUCAGUCGGGAGGAAUUUCUCCCCGUUUCUCUGGAGAUGUACACUCAGAUCUUCCAGCUCUUCCUGGACGGCAGCCCUCUUCUCCAUCCCCCGCAGAACGAUCCGCAGACGAUCUUCAGCAGGGGGCGCCAGUUUCUUCUCAGCUGCAUUCUGAAGGGCCAACACCCAAGUGCUGCGUUCAGGAGUCGCCUGCCCCAGAUUGUGAUCUGGUGGGAAGAGAAGGACCCGGAGUUGGCGGGAUUGCUCAGGAACGUCGUGCAGAGCGAGGAGGAGGACUGUAUGUACGAUGAGCCCGAUCUGUUCUGAAGAAUUCGGCCUCUGAU